AUGAGCACCAAUGAAAAUAACAGUGAAGUGGCCGUUGACAAGGUCGAAGAUAAGAAAACUGGGGAAGCAAAAAGUGAUUUAAAAGGAGCCAAAAGGGCAGCAGAGGACAAAGUGACAGAGGCGAAAAAGGCGCGAAAAGAAGAAAACGGCGGUGGCGACGAUGAAGCACACAGUGAAGAAGACGAUUUGGAAGGAGAAGGCGAUGGAGAAGAGGAAGAUGAUGAAGAAGUUGACGAAGGAGAAGAAGAUGAGGAAGAAUUAGAAGAAGGCGAGGAAGACGAUCUCGAAGAUGAGGAAGUAGAAGAAGAGUUAUUAGGCGAAGAGGAGGAGGAGGAUGCGUAA